UUACAUACCUAAAAAAAUCAAUUUGUUGCCACUAAAUGGCUUCUUAAUGCAGGUUAGGUUUGGCCUACCUAAUCCACGUUUCAGUGUGUCAUGUGACCAUCAUGUCACCUUGUGUCUUCAGCACAUGUGAGAGCCAAACGUUCAUAUGAAAUCAUUCAUGUUGUAACUGGUGAACACUGGGAGGAAUUUACAUAAAUGUAAAGCUUUUUUGAGACGCCAGGGAGAGUUGAGCAGAUGUGUAGCUUUUCCUCCCUCUAGAACUGUGUCACUGGGUUGAACACAAACUAAAAUAAUAAUAUUGCAGGACACAGAGGAGGGACACUUUUGGCUCUUCCCCUCCUCAAACUGCCCUGACACAAAUCUGCUGACCCUACCGGACCAGUCCUUUUGUUAAAGUGACCUGAGACCUUUGACAGAGACACAAAGGGACAGAGACGCACAGUGGAAAUAUUGCUGCAGCAAAACUUGAAUUUCCCUCAAGAUCAAUAAAGGACCUGUCUGUUUGUGUCAUAAACAUUAGACAAAGAAAACAACCACUUUAAAAUCACAAACAGCACAAAUAAUGUAAGACUAAGCCCACUACAGGAGCAGACAGGAGCAGACAGAAGCAGACAGGAGCAGAAGGAAAUGACUCACUACAGGUUCACACAUUAAUUGACAAUUCACAACUCAUUAAUUUCUGUCAUAUAUUAAGAAACACAUUUCACCAUAUUAUUUUCCUUUAACACAUGUUUAUAAUGUUCUAGUGUACAUUCCCUGAUAUUUUCCAUGUAUCUUUAAAGUAACUUUAAGUGCAUAUGACAGGUUUGUACGAGAAUUUAAGUAUUUUAUCCUCCACAUACAUCUCUCAGUUUAACAAUGACUCACAGGAGCUUUAGUAACACCAUCUUCCCUUGGCACACCAUUAUCUAAAUAGUUUUACAUCAGUUCAGUAACGGUUUGUGGAAAAAAGGUGAGAAGAAAAGUAUAAAAAUACAGGAAGUACUGCUGAGUUGUAAAACAAGAUUCUUCUGCCAAUGUCAUGAACAAAACAGAAAACUCCACCCAAAAUGCAGAGACAAUUUAUGUAAAAGAUGUUUCAGUGAAGUGAGUGGUGGAACCUGUCACAUGCACUUUAAGUGACAGAAACCAAGAGUGUUGUGUUUGUCCUCCCUCUCUCCUCCCUCUCUCCUCCCUCUCCUUCACUUGCUUCUUCACUCACUCAGUCACUCAGUCAGUCUCUCAUCAUGGGGGUGAACAUACCUGGACUGAUUGCUAUGGUGAUUUUCUACCUGCUGGUUCUUGGGACGGGUAUCUGGGCUUCUUUGAAAUCCAGAAGGGAACAGAAGAAAAAUGCAGCAUCUGAAAUCGAGAUGACUCUCCUGGGGAACCGCGGCAUCGGCCUGGUGGUGGGCGUCUUCACCAUGACAGCCACUUGGGUUGGAGGAGGCUUCAUAGUGGGCACAACUGAGAUGGUGUACACCCCCUCUAUGGGUCUGACCUGGGCCCUCUUGAUGUUAGCCGCCUACUCUGUCUCAUUUCUGCUCAGUGGCUGUGUGUUUGCUGAACCUUUACGAGACCAAAAGUGCGUGACCAUGAUGGAUCCCUUCCACAGGAAGUACGGCAAAGGCUUCACAGCUGUCAUGUGUAUGGUCUCAGUUUUUAUGGACGUACUCUGGAUGGGUACAACACUUAUCGGUUUGGGUGCUACCAUCAGUGUGGUCCUGGACCUGUCCUACACUGUGAGCAUCUGGAUCUCUGCAGCUGUGGCCAUCACCUACACUCUGAUGGGAGGACUCUACUCUGUGGCGUACACCGACAUCAUCCAACUGACCCUUAUCUUCUUUGGUCUGGGGAUCUGUGUUCCCUUUGUGCUGAUUAACCCUUACUCUGUGAACAUUGGCGAAACACUGAUGAACAACACCCUGCACUCUCCCUGGAUCGGUGCACCAAACCCAACAAGAAUCUGGAUUAUGAUGGAUGAUUUUUUAUUUUUGGCAGUGGGAAGUGUAGCAUACCAGACCAUACACCAGAGGACGCUGUCUGCUUCUUCAACCAGGUCAGCUAAGAUCACCUGCUCCAUUGCUGCUUUGGGAAUCCAGGUCUUUGGAAUAGCUCCCAUUCUGUUUGGCGCAGCUGCGGCAUCCACAGACUGGAACCAGACGUCGUACGGGUCUCCUUCUCCUUAUGAGCGAGGAGAAGGUGCUCGGGUGCUGCCCAUCAUGCUGCAGUUCCUCACUCCCUCUUACAUCUCCAUCAUUGGGAUCGGCUGUGUGGCCGCUGCUGUCAUGUCCUCUGCAGACUCAGCGCUGAUGUCGGCCUCUUCAGUCUUUUCAGCCAAUGUGUACAAGAACAUCAUAAGACCCCAGGCCUCAAACAGAGAGAUGCAGUGGGUGAUCCGGGCCUGUGUGUUUGUGGUCGGUGUCACUGGGACUGCUCUCACCACCUUGAGAAAUAGCACGUUACUGUUCUGGUUUCUGGCAGCUGAAGUGGCUUAUGUUGUAGUCUUCCCCCAGUUCUUCUGCGUCCUCUUCUUACAAAGGACCAACCUCUAUGGAGCUAUCGCGGGCUUGCUCCUCGGCUUUCCUUUCCGGCUGAUGUGUGGAGAUCCCUCACUAGGACUGCCUCCAGUACUACGUUUCCCAGGAUGCACUCUGGAGGGCGGGGUUUACGUCCAGUACUCUCCCAUUAAAACCAUCUCCAUGUUGUCUUCCUUGGCUACCAUUGUGUUCUUCUCCUAUUUGUUUUCUCAGCUCUUCAACCGAGGUCACCUUCCUGAGCGAUGGGACGUGUUCCAUGUGAAAGUUCAGACAUCACUGCAACCAGGACAAAAAAAUAAGGGCACCCACACAAGUGAUACAGAUAUGAAGAUGUCAAAAGCUGACUUUGAAAUGGAAGCUUUGGACCCAGAGAGAAACAGAUCAUAAAGAAACUCAAGACGAUCUUUAACAACUACAAACAGGUUCCUAGAUAUUCUAUCAGCCUACAGUGGUCAGGAAUGCCCGUGAUAGGGCUCAGUCUCUCGAUCGGGCCACUUUACUUACGAAGAAUAAUACGGUGAGGUCCAAAGAGCUAUCUCGCCCUAUGUUUGUCACCACUUACAGUACUUGUGCUGAACAAAUCAAAAAUAUUGUUCAGGUCUAUACUCUUAAGUGACCCUGUUUUAAGCAAAGUCUUCCCUGAAACACCUUUAUUUUCUUUUAGACAUGCUCCAAAUCUUCGAAACACGUUGACGAACUCUUACCUUCCUCCAGAGAAUAAAAGCACAUGGCUGAAAAAACCU